AUCUAUUUUCGAGCUUACUGAUAGAAAUUUUAAUUUGUAUCAUUUGAAGGGUACAUAUACAGUGAACGAAUAUAUCCACCAACUUAUUAUCAGUCGACAUAAAAUAAACCAUUUAAAUUCUGUUUCUAGGCUACGCAAAGAAAUAUUUGAUAAUAUAAUGAAAUAAAAAUCAAUUUUUGUGCACACACUAAGUUUCAUUAUCGAAAACCUGAAAGCUAAACUGAAGACAUCAAUUUAUUUCAACUAUUUUUGCUGAAUAACUCCUACGGAAUAAAAUUAAAACAGAGCCCACAAUCUGUACACAGAAAGGCAUAAUUGAUGCUAAUAUAAUUUAUUAAUAUCGGUAUCCGUAACCCAAACACAAGUAUUCUGGAAUUUGAAAAUUUCCACUCGAAGUGUUUGUUUGUGAAACUCGGUUGUGAGUCGUGCACCAAUUAUCACACCAUAAAUUAACGAAAGAUGGAAACGAAUAAAUCAAUGAACCGUAAUAAACAGAAAUCAUUUCCAAAAAAUAUUCCAAAUGAACCAAAAAAAUAAUUAGAUUCACAUUACAGAAUAAUUUUUUUCAAUAUUGGUAAUGAUGAGUUGCAAUUUCGUUUAUUUUUCGCAUUCAUCGCUACUACUAUCGUUUCUCAAUUAGAAAAUCAUGUUGUUAAGGUCUGCGAAUUUGAAAAUAACGGAACUAGUGAUUGAAAUCUUAUUUUGAAACGCAUUCACCAGCAGUCUCUCCCGCUUUGGCGAACGAUGCAAACAAUUUGUUCAAACAUGCAACGAAAGAGACAAUAGCAAUAAAAGUAGGUACGUCCGUAUGACGGUGUUGACGUCAUACAAUGCGACAUAACUGCUGCAUUAAUCUAGACCACAUGAAAAUGUCAAGCUUUAAAAAGUCAUUGAAAUAUUUACACGCACUUUGCUGUGUAGAUAAAAACAAAAAAUUAAAACAAAUGAUAAAACACAAUGUACUUUUGCAAUGAUUCUCCUUGGCUGCUUUGUUUCGAAAUCUUUAAUAAUGAUUUACAUUUGAUAUCAACAAGGAUUUGUUUUUAUCUAUGGUAUUGUUUAUCUUGUUGGUCUUAAAAGAAUUUUUUUGAAUUGCAUUUCAUUUGAGAAAAAAAUGAGGUCAAAAUUAUACUGAACAAAGAAGAAGCGAUUCAAAAAUCUAAACCAUGAAUGUGACUACAAUCGCUAUAUUCAAUAUUCUAUGUGUGCUUUAGUAUUAUAAAUAUUUGGAAUUUAUUCACUAGCGAAUGGCAUAUAGUUGGACUGCACUAAAUUAAAAUAGCCGUGAAUCAGCUGAUUUUUCUUAUGAAUCAAAAAAUUACUCUUCUCCACCGGCACAUACGAAUGCAAUUUAUUGUUAUUGUUUGUCAGCGCCACGCGACGACGAGACUUGUAACUACCAUCUAUCAAUCUAAAUCCGAAGAACGCACACAGCCAUAACUUACUUAUAUUCGAAAGUAGCUUGUCAGCUGUCACAAUGAAAAUAAGAAAGUGAAAGAUUAAAAAAUUAUAAUAAAAUGUUGUAUUUCUGAUAAAAUCAAAAUUGUUGUCAUUCUUAUAGUGAGUAAAAUUGGUCGCAAUAUGAAUAACCUUUUUUUUUCAACAUGAAUACACAGAUAUCAUUUCGGUUAUAGAUUAUUCGUAAGUUUUUGGCGAAUAUAGCAUAGCAUGAUAUUUGAUGAAGUAUUUGGAGAGAAAUUCUCAAACUGAGAUAUUUGAUUACAAAUAGAACAACGCAAGGAAAGCAUGGAGACAUUAUGUCAAGAGCUGGGUAUUCCCCGAAAGCAGAUAAAAGAAACUAAGCGUCUGAAUCGAUUUAUUGUUGUCGCGCAUAAAAAUUGGUUGAAGUGCUUAGUUCAAGAGAACAAUGUGGUGAAGUUUCCAACUCACCCUGGAUUCGAGGAAUGGCCAAAUAAUGAAGAAAAUAUUGGACAGGAUUGGUCUUUAGCUUAUUUUACGACUUAUAAAAAAUUCACCCAUAAAGUAGUUCCAUUGCCAAAUUGUCGAAAGGAAACUGACACGGAUUUCGUCCUGAACUUUGCUCAACUGCUUCAGAAUAUAUCAGCGUCAAAUCACAGAAAUUUAUGGAAGGAUGCUUACAACAAAUACUCUGGCCAACGUGCCAAAGUUCCAUUGAAAGAAAACCUCAGUCGAAAUGAAAGAAACACGGUGAAUUUAUUAGCAUACGACACAGUGUUACUUGAAGCAAUAACACGCACGUAUGGUUGUAGCAUACUGCACGUAAAAUUGGACAAGGUCAAUCAAAUGGAUGAAGCUCGUACUGAUAAAAAACGUUCUAUCGAAACACAUGAGCGUUUUGAACCACAUCCAAAUUUAUAUCCAAUAACUGCCGUAAUCGAAACGAGCUCACACUUUGUGCUUAUCUAUGGCAAAUUCCUGGAAAACACUCUGAACGAUUGCGUUACAUACAGCCCUGGUGUACUUGAUAAAUCUCAUAACAAACCAUUAUUCGUAAUAUAUCAGUUGUGGCAAUUAAUGAAAACUUUGCACGAUCGUGGUCUUUUACUUGGGAAUAUCGGUCUAGAUGACAUUUUCGUUACCGAAAAUCUUUGGCUUCAAGUAAUACCACAAAUCGAUUUAAAUAUUUUACAAAGCGCGGAAGAAAAUGUAACCGAAACAUCCAUUGAAAAUGUGAUACAAAGAAAACAUCCCACGGUGUCGUUAUUGGAUGACCUGUCGUACUCUUUGAGAGAUUACUGUGAAAUGUGGUGCAACGGUCAUACAAUAUCCAAUUUCAUCUAUUUAACCAUUUUGAAUGACUUAUCGGGCCGACGAAAGGGAGAUCCCUCAUUUCACCACAUUUUCCCAUGGGUUACUGACUUUGUUUCAAGAAAUGGAAUGAAUUGGCGAGAUCUGACCAAAUCGAAAUACCGUUUAAAUAAAGGAGAUACCCAAUUAGAUUUAAUGUUUGCACCGAUCGGGGCAGCAAAUAUGGUCCCUCAUCAUGUCUCCGAUGCGCUUUCUGAAAUUACAUAUAUGGUUUAUAUGGCAAGAAGAACACCAAAAUCCGUGCUCUGCAAGCACGUUCGCCCUAUAUGGGUUCCAGCGGAAUAUCCUGCAUCAAUCCAGCGACUGUAUGAUUGGACACCAGAUGAAUGCAUUCCCGAGUUCUUUUCGGAUCCAUUGGUUUUCAAAAGCAUACACGAAGAUUUACCAGAUCUGGAAAUACCUAGCUGGUCAAGUUGCCCAGAAGAUUUUAUUGCAAGACAUAGAGAGGCAUUGGAGAGUCAAACCGUUUCGGAAAAACUACAUCACUGGAUUGAUUUGAAUUUCGGGUUUAAACUGUCUGGGAACGCAGCAAUCAAAUCAAAGAAUGUGCAUCUUUCGAUUGUCGAUAACCAUCAAACGCUCUGUAGACGGGGUAUCGUACAACUUUUUAAUCAUCCCCAUCCUCCAAAACAAUAUCAAACCAUUUUUACGUCAAAAACUCCGCCAAGAAUUUAUUCUCAGAAUGAUAUACGUCAACGUAUGACUCGCAGUACAGAAGAUCUCUCCAAUAAAUAUCGAAAUGAAAAUGAUGUUGGUGAUUCGGCUGGAGGAUUGAGCUCUACACAAGAUUUGUCAUUCCGUGUAUCACGUUCGUCGUCGAAAAAUCGAAUACAACAGCAAAAUAUUCCAGAGGACGCUACCUGUACUUCUUCUAUUGAACGAUCAACUAGUUUACAUUCCAACGUACUAAAGUCUCAAAACCAAAUCAUUCUCCCGAAAGAUUACAAUCCGAUUGCAGCACUGCAUGCCGUUGAGAAUAUGGAAGUAUUUCUGUCAAAGACCUUUUAUAAAAAUGUAAAAAGUGCCAAUUUAUCACGAAAGAAUGUUGAAUAUAAUACGGCAACAGCGACGCCAGCAACAGCGACGACGGCGGCGGCGGCAACAUCUGACGAGGGUAUCAAUGCUUUUACAAACAAAAUAUUCUCGGAUCGUUUCGAAGAGAAUUUAAUGAAAGAUACGAAACGGUUGCAUAAUUUAAACCACAAGAAUUUAGUGGUUCAAAGCUCUACGCGAAAUUAUAAGCAGAUGAUUAGUAAUCAUCGUCAGCGUGAACUUCAAGUGGUUGCUUGCAUUAUUGUAGAACUAUUUCUGGCAAAUAAACUACGACCGCUGGGUAUUGGAUCCAUGCAAAAACUGAACGAUCGAAUUGACGCAUGCAAAGAUGUAUUGAAGAUUGAUUUUGAUUUGUUGCCAACGUGUGUUCAGUACCCGAUAAAACUGUUGUUCUCAUACGGAGAUGGGUCCAAUCAAACAAUCACCGACAUUGGCCUGCCAAAAAUGUCAGCUGCUCAAAUGUUGCAACCAUUUUUGAGCAACUUCUUGUUUCCAUUUCCUUACGAAUAUUUGAACGUCUAUACGCUACUGAAGACACUAUAUCAGUAUGAGUCGGCAAACGAGCUGUUGGACCUUCUUACAUAUUUCGAAUGUGACCCAAGUUCCACGGAUUGUAAAAAGUUCGAUGCGUUGAGCAAACAACGAACACUGUUCAAACGGAAAAUUGCUGAAUGCAAAGUGAUGGCAUGUGCUGCUCAAAUCGAAAAGCUUCUGGUUCCGCGUGGAUACGAACAAUUUAACGUGGUUGAACUCAUUCUUCCACAUAUUAUCGAUUUGCUAAAAUCGGAAAAUACUUCUAUUCUGGCUGCUUGGUUCUUAUUCGAUAGUGCAGCAGUGGCACUUGGCCAAAACAAAACACAAACAUAUCUCUUGGAGCCCAUCUUAAAAUUGUACGAUGCUGAAAGUGAUGAGCGUUUGACUUUUUUGAAUAGCAACUUUGAUUCGUCGAUGAGGUUCGCCGGAUCAACGUCGUCGUCGUUCAAAAGUCGAAAAACUAUCAAAUUGUACCAUCAUAGUUUUCUACUGCGUUUGAUCGUCCGUUUCGGGCUGAGCUGCUUUUUGGAAAACUUUGUACCACCACUGAUUGAGGCAAUAGGGGGUUGCUGCAAAGAGACAGUUCAACAUUCAUUUUAUCAUUGUCAUGAGAACCAUGAACACAGUCUGGUUGACACAACGAAACAAUCAAACAAGAGCAAUGUAACAUACAACAUUCCAUCUACUAAUGAAGCUAUUUCGAAGAAAGUAAAUGAAUCCGACGAAAUGUUCACGUUCGAAAAUGAGGGCGAUGAUUUACAGAAGGUGGCAACAGUGAAUAUUCAAUUAACCGAUUCAAGCGAUAAUGAUGCGGACACCAUUAGUAGAAUUAUCGAUCAAUUUGAAACCAAUUCCAACGAUGAUCACAUUGAUUUGAGAUUGAAUCAUUCAAAUGCAAUGGAAGUUACAGAAGAAACCACACUUUCUGAAUCCGGUUUGCGGUUGUCCAGUUUAUCUGGAUUAAGUUUUGAAGAGGAUCAAACUCAAGCCAAUCAGCAUAAUAUUUCCGAGAACUCAACGUCUAAAGAGUCUAAGGAAAGCAGUAAUUUGAUGUCUCCGACAAUCCCCAUUCCAUCUUCAUCGAAACGUAAUCAACUAAAUACAAUUGAUUGUGAAAUAGGCAGUAAAAUUAGUACAGAAGAUGCUGAUUUUCUUGAAGCAUCUAUGGCUCAAAAGGCCAGUCGAGAAAAAUCAGUUACAGCCCCGAGUGUUGCAUCAUCAACAAAGCCAUCCAAUUGGGGUGAUCAACAAACACAAUACCAAAUAUCUGAUAUGUGUGCGGAAAGUCUCAUUUGGCUAUCGCAUCGAUUGGGCCCCGUUUUGACAGCACGGCAUUUAACGAGGAAUCUUCUGAAAAUGCUCACAUUGUGCUACGUAGGACAAGAGUACCUUUUACCAGAUAAUAUCCAGAACGACGAUAAUGUGAAAAAUCUGCAUGAUAAUCUAUUACUAUUCACGGUCGCCGAUGGACGAGUGGUGGGGGAUCGAAGUGCCGUUAAAGUGCUUGAGUGCCUAACAUCAGUAACUGCGAUUUACGGUGAUCAUUUUAUCCUGCUUCAAUAUUUUCCACACAUAACUGAACUGAUUGCAUUGUGUAAAAAGCGCAUUACUUCCAGCCUUGAGGGUGGACUCAUAAGUUCAUUGCAACUCCUGAAGUAUUUAGUACCAUGUCUUAGUGACACAACUAUCAUGGAUCAGUUGCACGACACAAUCUUGAAAAGCAUUAUACACCCAAUCAUUAGACUGAUUGCAUCAACACGUAUCAUAAUGCCGAAUGGUUUUCUGGCACGAAGCACGAUAGCCAGAAAAUUAGUUGACGCAUUGUAUGUGCUUGCCGUUCGAAUUGGUCCCGAAAUGACCAAAAAUCAUUUGUGCGUUCCAGCACUACAACGAUUCUUUUUAAUAUUCGACAAAGCUCAUGGUAUCAGCGACAAUUUAAAUGAAGAGUCUAGUAGGAAUAGCCCGACUUUUGAGGAUGCAAACUUUAUUGAGAUUCGCCGAGACGGUGGUACAAAAGAAUGGUCAAUUAAAGGCUCACCUAUACAAAUAACUACAGCCAGGUCCAAAGACGAUAAUUCGAUCGAUAGUAUUACACCGCCUAAACAGCAAUCGGAAGACUCAACCGAAACCACGUCGACAAAUAGUUUACGUGAGAGAGCUUUAGAGGAAAUAAAAGAAGUUUUUACACCUCAAUUAGCUCAUGUAUAUGUACCAUUCUUGAAAUAUUUAGGUGACUAUACUAUGAAGCAAUUUAUAAAAAAUUUACCAUUGAUUUUGACACUGUGUCAUGAGUUCGAGCAACCAGAAUAUGCAUCUAUUGGAUAUAGCUAUCGCAAAGACUCAAGUGAUAUGACUCCCAACGAUGACUCAGCCACGGACGGUAUUGACUUUCCUUCGAGCAGCUUUGGUACCGCAAUGAUUGGCAACCGAAUCGAAGUGUACAAAGAGAACGAAAAGAAUGAAAUUGGUCACAUGGAGCUCUUAGAUACGAUUUCUCAUAAAUACGAUCAGAUAAAUACAACACGGCAUUUGCGUGGAAAUUGGCUUGCCUACUGGGAACACGAAAUUGGCAGACCCGAAAAGCAUCACUUCAAUUUUAAACAGAUAAAAUUGCAAACCUUCGCCGGGCAUACAAAUGCCGUACGUUCAUUACUCUGUUUAGACAAUGAGAAUAGUUUUGCUUCGGCUUCGAAAGAUAAGACAGUUAAAUUGUGGUCAUUGCGCAGUGAAGGUGACGGCUCCAAGAUCCAUUCCUGUCAGUUUACAUAUGCAAACCAUCGCAAGUCCGUUCACUCUCUUGCCUUCCUCGAAUCUCUACGUUUAGCUGUUUCAUGCGAUUCUGGUGUUCACAUUUGGGAUCCGUUCGUUGGCGGUGACAUCGGACAACUUGAAUCAAAUAGAUUGACACCAAUUAGCAUUGUGAAAACAUUUCCAUCUCCAAGUGCAUUAAUAUUAGCUGGAACGGCAGAAUCAAGCGUAAAAGUAAUAGAUUCUCGCACAUUUUCCUAUGUAAAUGAAUGGAAGUUCUCAUUGAAUCAGACAAGUGGAAGUGUGCGAUGUAUAUCUAUAUCACCAUCAAGUCGUUGGGUCGCUGUGGGAUUGAGUUCAGGCCAACUGAUUUUGUGUGAUGGUCGCACAGGCAUGAUAAUAGCCAGCUGGAAAGCAACUGACGGUGAAUUACUUCAACUGCUUGCUAUCAAUGAAGAUCAACUGAUCAGCACCAGCUUAGACCAUAGCAUUUGUGUAUGGAGUGCCAAUGAUGGUUCACUUUUAUAUUAUAUCAAGAGCCCCAAUGAGCCGGUUCAUGUGCUCAGAAAUAAUCAAAACGAAUUGAUAUUUGGAACACCAGCAAAUAGAAUCGGGGUAUACGGGAAUGCUUCACCGGAAUCAACGUACUCAAUUACAAAAUUGCGAACCGAAAGUUUCAAAGGUGUUUUAACGAGUAUGGCAGUACUUCCAUUGAAUCGCAUGCUGCUUGUUGGCGGCGACAGUGGAAACAUUAGUUUAUUGUGUUAAGAUUGAAUAUCUCUCUAUUUGUUCGUUUCAUUUUUAUUCUUUUUAUUUCAUUCCAUAACUCAACCAUGAAGAUAUUUGUUUGCCUUUUUUAUUAUUUGUAUAUUUGGUUCAUGAAUCCUUUUCUAUCAAUUUAGGUUAAUAUCAAAGAUUUAUAAUUCCCUGAAAGCCAAAGUAAUAUUUCCUACCUACUUUAGUGAUAUUACAACGUCUGUAUUACAGGCAAAAACAAACCAGAGAAUAAAAAUUGUACAAGAUUUACACUAGAAUAAAAACUAUUGCAAAUAUCAAAA